UUUUUUCUUUUCCUUUCCCCCCCCCCCCUCAUCUCGUCUCAUCCCACUUAUUCCGUAUUUGCAAGUCGUCCGAUCAGGCUUUAGAUACAUACAUACAUCAACCCACCCCGGAUACCCCCUACUCCGUCCCCUGGAGAGUUUUGGGGCAGUCGCUUGUCUCGUUGCUUUUGUUUCAAACACCGCAUAUUGACAGCGCUUAUUACACCAUCCUCUUCGGCGCACCUAACCAAACCACCCCUCCCCACCCCCCCGGCACUUUGAUUGACAAUGCCAAUCCGCAACCCGUUCGCACGCCGUGCCGGUACCGCCGCCGCCGUUCAGGACGAGAACCAACGGCCCGGCUCGGCGGCGGGAACCAUCACUGCUGCGGACGCCGCGCCCACCGCCGGGUUCGAGAGGGUAGACACUGUCGGAUCCAAGGCCUCGUCGGCGUUCAGCAUCCGCAGCGGCAGGAGAAGCUAUGACACGGGCGAGUACAAGAUGAGUGUCGUCAACGACAGCGGGGUCUACCUUCCACCGUCGCCGGUUGAGAGAGAAGCCUCGUGGCCGCGCCGCUACCUAUCGCGCACGUCCAGCGGCAGGAGCAGCAGUCUCGCUCACAGAGACAGCGGCGAGAUUGACCAGUUUCCCAUCUCGCGCGAGUCGUUCGAUUCGUACCGGCGGUCUUUUGACAUCUGCGCCAGGAGCCCCGUCGUCCACCCCAUCACCACCAACGCCCCCGUCACGGCGCGGCAGUCCCUCGACUCGGCCACCCUCCGCCCGGCCUGCUUCCCACCCCGCUCCCCGCUGAGCGGCCAGCAGCAGCACCAGCAGCACGCGCGCCGGUGGCGGGGGCCGCCCACGCCCGAGGAGAGCGCCACAGUCGCCGGCGGCAGUGAUGGGGCGAGGUUUGAGGACGUCGGGCUGGGUGACCAGAACGGCCGGACCGGCGGCGGCGAGAGGGGGAGUUCCUUCUUCUUCUUCUCCCAUGAUAGAGACGCCAGCGGGACGCCGCAGGUGCCGCAGGCGCCCGAGUCACAACCGCAUCAAGCUCCCCAAGCGCGGAAGAGAGGGUUCUUCUUUGGCAAGUUUGGUGGUGGUGGUGGCGGCGGCGGCGGCGGCGUCGGCGAAAACGGCGCUGACGCCCCCGCGGAUGGGGGAUCCACCGGCACCGUCGUGUCGCGGCUCCUGCCCGGGCUGGUCGGCGGCGGCGGCGGCGGCGGGAGGAAGAGGGCGCAGAGCGGCGGGCAGGGGGCCGAGUUGGGCGUCAUGCCGGCUGCUUCGCGGUUGGACGGCCCUGCCGCUGCUAUUACUGCUCCCCCCGGCUUGGAGGGGAUGCAGGCUAAGGAAGUCGAGGUUUGAGGAUUUCUUUUUGUUCCUUCCCUCUUCAACCUCCCGGAGUGUUUAUUGUUGUGGAAUCAGGCGGAUGACCCUGCGUAGUACAUACGUGCAGUACGGGAACCACCUGGCUAUGACGUUCUGCUCUGGCUAGGGGGGGUCCAGGGGCGGAUUGCAUACAUUGCAUGGCUCGCCACACGAGCAGCGAUUUGGGUAUGAUUUUGAGAUUCUAUCCUCUUCCCUCGCUCCGGCUGCAACGCAGAGAAUAGGGA